CUUUCAGCAACUAUGGGGAAUACAGUGAGUGUCCCAGAGGAAGCUGAAGAAGACAAUACAUGCACAGUAAAGAGCUAUCAGGCUCUAUCUGAAUCUCCUGACAAUAUUAAAAAUGGAUCUGUUGCAUUUGUUCAGACUUAUUCUCCUGCAAUGAAUGGUGAAGUGGAUGCAAAGGCAAGUGUUGCACGGGAUAAUGUGGCCGUUUCUUCCCCAAAGACAAUGGAGCAGAGCCCCGUUCCCGACGCAGGCGGGCAGAGUCUCGGGAGCAGUGCCAGGAGAGCUCUGCCAUCUGCUAAAUCCCACUCUGUCUUUGCAUUUUCAUGGUCUGUACCAGGGCGUACUGAAGAUCCAGCUACAGAUUCAUCAGUUGGAUCGGCGAAACUUGAUGUCAGCUCAGAGGCGUCCGGAGUGAACAAAGCACCAAGUGACAGCGUGGAGUUUCCCGCAGCAGCUGGGUUGGAGGAAGGCGCACAUAAAAACCUGACUCGGGCCCCGCCGGCAGCAUCGCUUCAUGACAUCGAUCUCACGACAUCGGUGACACCUGAGGGAGAGGAUGUGGCUGCCUCAAAGCCAAAACAAGUAACCUUCUUUGACAGGAUCUUCAAACUGGAGAAGGAAAAAGAAAGGAGUAAAACGCAAAUUGAUACCCAGGAGGAAAGGCGGACUUCAGACCUUCCUGACGGGUGCAUCACAGCGAAAGAGGCUGCUGGAUUACAGAGCACAUCAAACAGUGUCCCACAGGGGAAGGAGAUAGAUGACUGCAACCGAAAAGACCUACGGCAGGACUCGGCAGGUGUCAACAGCCCCACUGCUGAGCAACCUGAAAAGGCAGAGGUAAAACAAGACGACCCCCAACCAGCUGCUGCAGUAGAUAACUCAGUCAUGAGUUUCCUUAAAACACUGGUCUCCUCAAGCAAAGCUGAAGCCAAAAGUGAUUCUGAAGACAAGGGAUCGAAAGCGGAAAAAGGCCAUGGUGGGCAACCUGCUCCGAAGACAGCGGCAGAAUCCCAAACUAAAGGAUCCAAGAAAAAGAAGGCAGAGAGUCCCAAGCUGGGACAUAGUACAUUUAGUAAACUCUUUAGGCAUAAGGCUGCAAAAGAGACCCAACAGACAACUAAUACCAAAAGCACUGAACAGCAGCCUGUUACCUCUGUAAAAUCAGACAAAAAUGUCCCUUCCUCUCAAGAGCCACAGACAACUAAGCAAAAUACAAAAGCCCCCGAGCCUGCAGCCCAACAGCAGGCAGUGGCCGGCGAAGCCCCCAAAGAGGUGACGAAGGAGAAAGCAUCAUCCACUCCUAUGCCUCUGAGCAAGCUCUUUUGGAAAAAGAACGCAUCGGAAGAAGCAGAGAUCGUAAGCAAUGAAAAAGCAGACGUGUCUGUAGAAGCAGUGGGUCCUGACAAAGAUGAGAGUAAGAGCCCAGAAGCCGCAGAAGUGAAACCUAGAAAAGAAGAAAGUAAAACCCCCAAAGCAAACCUGAGGAAGUUUUUUAAGCUGUCAGUCAAGGGUGAUGGAGGGACAACAAGUUCAGAAGAGGUAAAUGGCCCAAGCCCCAGUCACCAAACAUUAAACUCCACAGAGAGGCCAGUUGCCCCAGCUGAAAGUGAACCUGUGGGCCAAAAGAGCAAAGAGAGUUCAAAAGACAAGAAGUCUACAGUGGAGCUGAGCAAGCAGAAAGGCAGCAAACAGGAAACCAGGGAGCAGCCAGACUCCAGGGAGCAGCAAGCAGCCGAGACCGACUCCAUCCAGAACGGAGGAGACGCUUCAAAGGAACCCUCCUUCAAGAAGACAGAGAAGAGGCAGUCACUUGGAGGGUUUUUUAAGGGCCUUGGUUCCAAAAGGAUGUCUGAUGCAGAAGUGCAAACAGAUCCGGUGUCUAUCCUACCUGCUGGGAAAUCCAAGUAAUGAAUACACUUGGCUGCUGAAGGAUCAGCAGCUCUCUGUAAGCUCCCUUGCAGUAGACAUGACUCAUUAUUUUCCUUUACAUGGCUGUCAUCAAAUGCCUGAGGCUAAAGCAAACAUUGGUGUAUCAUUUAAGGUAUAUCAUUUACAGGGUUUGUUCAUUAGAUGUUAGAAAGCAACUUUAAAGAUCAUCAAGCAAUGUGUAGUAUACUUAAAGAAAGGUCAUGUGGAUGAUUUUAAGUCUAUAGAGGGUAGAGUAUGUAAGGUAAGAAAGUGGCAGUGAAUUAAAUAAAUAGCAGAAAAAAUGCAUGUGACAAAGGAAUGCAGUUUGUGCAGCAAGGCAUGAGCAACAAAUCCUCAGCUUUAGAGAGCUUUAAAGCAGCCAGGGAAAAAAAAAAUCUCCUUUGAUAAAUGUUAUACUUAAAUGUAAAAACAACCAAGUCACCUUUUGUGGUUUUCAAUAGAGCUGAAAUUAGCAAAAAGUCUGCAGUAUAAUAGAAUCAGUGGUUAUAAAGUUAUGCUUUGUAUUGGUUAUUAAUGUAAAUUAAAACGCUAAAAUGCAAAGGCUUUACAUGAUCGAGGCAACUUCUCUCUUGUCUUGGUGAGGUGGGAUAACAAAUUAAAAACUAUUUAAGGUUCUAAUAGGAACACAAGGGGGCACCCGCAUCCCCACUGUAGUCCUAACUCCAAGGCUGUACCUACAAUCCUGUUAUUAAUGUUUUUCAGAUCAUAGGAAACUUAGUUGUUUCGUCAGAUAUUUGUCUAUAUCCAUACUUGUAAUUAAUCUUAAUAAAAACCAAAAUCAAAGCUGUCCAGGCACCUCCCUGCUUCACAAGACUCCUGUAAUAACUGUAGUUAAUAAAUUUUACAGAAAAUUAAGAUUUCUGGUUAUUCAGCCCUGGGCUAACCUGGACAGGGAACGUGGGCCUGACAUUUUAAUCCACACUAGCAUCUGAAUGAUACAGUACUGUAUAUUUUGACCUCCUUAUGAUUAAAUAAACGAAUACUUAUCCUUUCAAACAAAUAAUUUGCUGCUUUAAUCUUAAAACAAAGUUUGUUAUUUACAUCCCUGUUUUCUGAUGAUUGAUGUGACAUUAAGGCAUAAAUCAACACAUAAAAA